UUGUAAUUCAUGUACAAUUUGGCCGAAUGGCCACGACACAUGAAUCAAAUAAACCAAUAAUAAAUAAUAAGUUAAGUAUUUGUGGUUACGAGUACCGGGUACUAUGUCUUUUGGCCCAUUCUUUUAGAGCAAGGCUACAGGUAUUUUUUGGCAUGAAAGUGUUACAGUGUAAAUGCACGUUUUAUCAAUAACAGAAAAACUUCUUGUCUGAUUUCUUUACAGAUGCUGGAGAUUAAGAAUAAUUAUGUCCGGAAUGCAUAUGAUUCAUCUUGUAUAGCUUUUUGGAGAAGUACACUGGUAGACUUAAAAGUUAACAUCAGUGUCAUCAAGUUUUGUCUCCAUAAAUAUUCAUUCUUCAAUGUUACACCAACAAGACAAGCUCCCUUUGAAAGGACCAUAUCGAUGACAACAUACCACGAGUCACAGUUUCUUCAGUGCUUGAGAAUGUUGAUUUCCUCCAUUAGUAACAAGUAUUUUUGACAUUUAUAGUAUGGUUCUGUGUUAAUGCAAAUUGAUGCAUUGUGCUCAACGUCUAUGUGGUCAAAGGGCCUUCAAAUGGCUGAGUUAUUCAAAACUUCUGUGCCUUUGCAGAAUAAUUUAUUCUGAAAAAUUCGGAUAAUCUUUCAUCUGCUGAGGAUUGUAGAAUUGAACAGCUUUUCUCCUGUUUGGUGACACUGUCACUUGCAUGUACCGCUGAAAGUGGUGGUUGAGUAGGUGACAUACAUGUACAUGUAUAACAUGAGACAUUCGCUGGAGUGAAAAGCCCACCUGUACAUCUUUGAUGGCGAAGUCGAAUAAUAGAAUUUAACUAGCAAACUCCCCGUCCAUUAGCUGGAAAAAUGGUUAAGACAUUCCAAGCAUAUUUACCAAGUUGUCACCGACGUUACAGCUGCAUACACUGUCGAGCACACCUGGCAAAUCAUGAUGACCUUAUAUCCAAGUCCUUCCAGGGGAGCCAAGGACGUGCUUACCUCUUCAAUUCUGUGGUGAACAUCGCUUGUGGUCCUGCAGAGGAGAGGGUUCUACUCACAGGCUUGCAUGCUGUCUCAGACAUUUUCUGUGAAUGUUGUAAGACCACUUUGGGAUGGAAAUAUGAGCAUGCCUUCGAAAAUAGUCAGAAAUACAAAGAGGGCAAGUACAUCAUUGAACUGGCUCACAUGAUCAAGGACAAUGGUUGGGACUGUGACUGAGUUAAAGCAUGUACGUGUCAUUUGAUAGUCAUGGGUAUUAAGCAGAAUUCUGAACCAGCAGUUACCAGUGAUUGCUGGUUCGAUCGGAUGUCAGCGGGAGGUUUGACUCUGAUUAUUCUAUUGUAAAUACCCAUAGCAAUAUUUUAUGUAUCAGAUGGUGCCAAGACCCAAAGUGCCCAUUUUAUCAGUAGCUCUGGUAUUGUAUUUGCUGCUGAAUAAGGAUUUGAUUAAUUUUGUCAAUACUUGUGUAAUGUAGUCAAAGAAUUCUGCUUGUUACUUAUAGUGAAGACCAGUGCUGUUCCCAUCUUUAAAAGAUUCUAAGAUAGUACUUUGCUUUUCCUAAUGAGGGAUUAGCAUCUCAACAGAAAGUGCAUUUGAGUACCUGUGCAUGCAUGCAUGUUCAUAUCUCUUGGACCUUGGAUAUCAUACCUUCCGGUACGUAUAAAAUAUUAAGGCAGCAUUGUUCUUAUGUCUUAAAGAUAUAGCAGGUCUUGCUUUAACAGGUUUUCGUUACAAAACAUGCAGGGGUGUCUUUGUGACUGUAAUGUAUGCUGGGGAAAUUGUGUAAUAUUGAUUAAUUGUAUGAAACUUAUUUAAGUGUAUCCUGUUAUGAACUCACUGAUGAAAUGCUUCUUAAAGGCUUUUUUAACCACUUGAUGCUGGAUGAACGUGUUAGCCGUCGGGAGGGUUAACACACACAAUUUUCCUUGGUUGUUCCAUGGAGGACGUGUACACUCAUUUAAGAAUUCUUUUUUCAUUUCCAUGUAAACAUAUUAAGACGUCCUGCCUGGUUGGGUCAAAGCACAAAAGAUGAUCCUACAUGCAGACACUACUACUAAGUGACCUCACCUCCAACCAACAAUAAAACAAAUGCCUUUCUUGAGUCAUUAGAAUUGAAGUGGGAAGCCCACACCAUACACAAAAGAGUGAUGGGGAUUAAAACCUCCUUUGUUUGGGUAUGCGGAUUUGCUUGUGAUUGAAACCACACUUACAAAAGAGAUAAGGUUACUUGUAGCAACUCCUUUGUAUUGAAACAGUGGGCAAAAUACACAUGGCCAGGGGUGACUCCUGUAUAUGCGCUAUGGACCUUUCGUGUGUGAACCAGUUGAUGUGUGGACACGUACCACAAUUUUUACCAGGGCAGUUGGAAAAACGGGGAAAAGAAUGAAAAUAACUGAUGCCUAAACUCAAGAGCCAUGCCUCCCUACACAUUUUAUGAACGUCAUAGAGAAAUUGCAAGGUUGACGAAUUUGCGGGAAAAAAUACCCCCCCAGCAGCUUUUUCUGGUAAGAAAAUCAGACGUUAACUAAUUAAGGUUGUUGAAGCUUACCAAAAUAACCUUGAGUACAGGUACAUGUAUGUACAUCUUUUUAAUAGGAAAAAUUAUUCAGUGCAAGCAUUCACAAUUUUGUUGCAAUCUUUACCAAUACUAGUAUAGGGCUGUUGACCAACUUGAUAGUCUCUUAAGAAGCCCAGUUGGGCUUAAGUCGUUAGUUUAGUUGUGGGGUCUUGAAUAGUUUACCACCUGAAAUUGAGCAAUGCACAGAAUCACAUGUAAGAAUUUUUUUAUUAAAUUGCAUAGGUUGUGAUAACUUACAUGCUAGCCAAGAUAGACUUUUCUGUAGUCAUGCCAGAUAGCUGCGCUCUGUAAUGAUUGCAGUUUACAGUGCAUGUAGAAAUGGCUGUCAGCAACGAGGCCCUUGUUGAAGCAUCGAACCAUAACAUGGCUUCUAAGGUGUUCUUAAAGUCAUUUGCACAUGUGAUUACUGGUAACCAGUUAGCUUGCAUACACACUCAAGCAGAAGUGUAUACUACAUGUACACAUAAAUGAUUGAAAAAUGCUGAUUUGGGGUUUGCAGUCUUCCUGAUCAUUUGCUCAUAGGUCUCUCUCAAAUGAUGCCACUUCCUAGAGGUGGUGCCAUGUGGAUUGGCAUGUUUUACUUCAUUUAUUUUAAGCCGUAUUUUGAAGGUGAUUGGAUCAACAUGUGCGCUAUUUAGAACAUUUUGCACACCGGGUAGUUGCCACUUUCUUACAAAGAUGGCAUCUAAUGAGAGAGAUCUAUACAUCAUGCAAGUUUGUCAGUCAUUUUAUUAAAGUUUAAGCGUUAGAUGGAAAGAAAACAUCGGAUUAAAAAAAUUUUACAACGUAAGAGGGACAAAAAGGUGGACCCAAAAAUCCAGUGAUGCAGUCAAUCCCCCUUGUCCUCAACCAAAAUGUUAAGUUCCAGCCAAGCCUGAGGCCAGUUAUAAAAGGGUUUCUAAGGCAGAACGUA